GCAGUUUUUGUGAAUCAAAACUUGAGACAUUGCAGCAAAGUUCAGUAUUAACCCUUUCGCACUCAGAUUUCCAAGAUGACAACAAGAAUCUCACAAGAUAAACUGAACUCUUUGGUGACAAAAGAAGAUUACAAAGCUUUCAAAGAAGAAAUGAAGAUGGAUAUGCGUUCUGUAAUUGAAGAAUCAAUGAAGGAAAGUAUGGCAACUUUCACGGCUGAACUAAAAGAGAUAAAAAAAGAAAAUGAGAUGAUCAAAACGGAUAUGAAUUCUAUGAAAGCCAAUAUGGCCAAGAUGCAAGAGGACAUUAAACUCUUAACACUGGAAAAUAAUCACAACAACCAAUACAGUAGGAAGGGACAUCUUCGCAUAUUGGGCAUACCAGACGAUGGCAACAACAUUUCUGAAAAGUGCAUUGAACAGGUAGUGAUAGCUGUGAACAAAAACAUGGAUGGAGACUGUCAUUUGAAAGAAGACGACAUCGAAGUUGCCCACCGCCUUCCAAAUCUGAAACAUCAGGAGGACAAACCUCGACCUAUGAUUGUUCUUUUUUUAUCCAGGAAAGUAAGGGACAAUCUGCUACGUAAACGCAAGGCCCUAAAGGGCAAACCACUAGUUAUCAUGGAGGAUUUGUCCCCGGGGAACAGAUCUUUGCUGUGGAGGGCAAAACAACAUGCCGAUUCAAAAGACGUGUGGGCGCACAAUGGUAAAGUAUGGGCCACAAGAUUAUCAGACAAUCGGAAAAUCCAAUUGGAUAUAUUGGAUAACCUAGAUGACAAACUUAGAAACUAA